ACGGUUAUUGAACUUUGUAAACAUCAUCAUUGGCAUUGGGCAAACGUAGGUAUAAACCCGCUGUGUAUUUUGACAGUUACAGAAAUUAAAAAAAACGUUUAAAUUAAUUUUGGCAAGUUUCAUCAAUUUCAUGACAGAAAACAAACAUUCAAAAUCGUAAACAAACACACAGUUAUCGCGUGUAAUACUUUAAUAUUUCGUUUAAAUAAAAUAGUAAAGAAACGUUAUACCAUCAACGCGAACUUAUUGUGACAAUCAAUACAACAGUGCCUACGUGUUGUAAUAACAAAAUGCAGUCAUCUUACUGACAAACAAAUAUAAAUAAACUCUUCAUAAUGAAUAAGAAACCACGUACUGGUCCCAGAAUACGCAUAACUCGUCCAAGAACGAGAAAGAACGAAGAAAUCGACGAAAAACAUUAUAUUUAUACCUGCCAGUAUUGUCGUUUGAAAUUCACGCAGAAUUCGCAGCUCUUCCGUCACAUGACAUCAAAUCACGAAAUACAACAGAAAACGGCCACCUUCGAAUGUAACGAGUGCCAGAUAGUCUUCAACAAGAAGAGCAAUCUGGACCUACACUGUCAAACUCACCACCAAAUAAAAAGUAAGUCUAAAUGCGACAGUUGCGCCAUCACAUUUAAGUCGCGAUACUGUCUGCGAAGACAUCUGAAACUCAAGCAGCAGCUUGCGGAGAACUCUUGCAUACAUUGUCAGAAGAAGUUCACGAGCAAAGACGGCCUCGCAAAACACAUGAGGAACAAACAUUGUGAUCAGAGUGUUAUGUUUGAAUGUCGGGUUUGCUCAGUUAAAUUUAAAGCAGCUGAGUCGUUGCAGAGCCACGUGAACAGGAUUCACAGGAGAUUAUGAUUGAAGAAAACAUAUUGUGUCUAGUUCAAUUAUGAAUUGUUAAGUACAGGGUGUAAGGGCCCAUUCCCAAAAACGAGGCAAGCAUCAAUAUGCAGCUACUCAGAGAAUAGAAACUCUGGAUUGUUUCAUGAACCCACUUCUUCUUGGAUUUGUUCACCAUGACUUGGUUGGUGUACAUUGUUUUAGCACGAACUCAUUUUGCCCCAUUGAACUCACAAUGAAUGUAUUUUACUGUGGCACAAUAUGAGCACCCUUAAGCAGUUACGGCAAUUCUGACUAAUUAUACUGUGAAGUAGCCACACAUUUUAGUUUGAAUUGUUGGAUACCUAUUAUACAAUUACAUCUUCAAACUCAUAGAGUUGUUAGUGUCAUUCCUUACUGAAGGUUGUGAUGCUUCAGGAACUUGAAUAACAAGCGAGUUUUGUAUUAUAGUGAAAUACCAGCUGUGAGGUUAUCAGAAUCAUUAAUGCACAAGGACCGCCAGCUGCCUUCGUUUUCGGGAACGGUAGCUGCACGAUAAUAUAUAGAUAAAUGGUCUGUUACCGGGUAUACAAAUGUAUUAUCGAUAAUUAGUUGAUAACAUCUCACUCUUAUGUUAUUUUAAUUUUCUCAUUUACUUGUUAAAGUACAUCCAUGAAUUAUAGGUUACAAAUGAACUGAUAAUUGCUAUUGUAAAAUAUAACUUCUGUGCCUAUAUAUUGAAGAAAUUUACAUGAAAAUACA